UAUGCGAAUUGGCAAAAGAGUUCCAUAAAUCGUUCUUGUUGAGCCCCAUAUGCAUAUAUGUAUACUUUGCUAUCAAACGCGCUUUGUUUACGUUGCCUUGGAAACCAAAAAAGCACGUCUCUCAGCAAGAGCUGCCGACCAUUGAAGCAAAAACUAAAUCGGGACUCAUUUAUUCCAUCCAGCUAGCUGCAACAACUAAUUAAGUUUAUUCAAAAUGGAUAUUUUCUCUCAACUGGACGUACUGCUUCAAAAGAAUUUGGCGCUGCCACCAGACAAAAGACUGCCUUUGGACAAAUUCAUCUUAGACGAGCACCUUUUCGAAGAAAAGCUGCGGCAAGCGGAGGCUGAUAUCAAACGGGAUUGCGUGCAACUGGAAAUGGAGGCGGCUGAGCUGGAUCGGGCUGCGAAAACUGUCGUGCAAACUUUCUGGCUGGACAUGCAUGUUGCGAGUCAGACCAUCACGGGCUUUCUAAACAAAGAUUUAGCUAUUAGAAACAUGCCAUUAUUGAAAGAGAGCAGUGAGGACAGCGAGGGGUUCCAGAGAGAGCUGAUGAGGAACGAAAUGUAUGUUUCGGUCACAAGGUUCAUCGCAUUCAGUCCUUGGGAACUCAUGACCGACAGCGAGCUGGCUGAGAAGCAACACAAAAGCCCGCUCGACUUGCGGAGCUUUAAGAGCAUCGCCGAGGGAUUUCAAAAAAUGCUCAGCGAUGUGGCGCGCAGAGCUUCCGACGUGCAGUCAGGCGCCCCCACCGGCUCCAUCACCCGCAGCCUCCUCAGCCCCGAGCAGUCGCAAGCACUCGCACUGCUUGAAAACUGUGACCAGGAAAUUAACGCUCUUUGUGUUUUUGCAAAAUUAAAAAUGAUUCUACUGAUUUUACGAUGGCUACUCCAACAAGUAAAAAAUGAGUCUUAA